CAGAAAGUACUAAACUUUCCAUAGGAUGCUGAAAGUGAUUUAGGCAUUGGAACCAUAAUCGGGUCAUCAGUAUUCAAUAUUUUAGCAAUACCGGCGAUGUGUGGCUUUUUGUCAGGGCCAAUGGGUAUAGCAAUGGAUUGGUGGCCUAUUACGCGCGAAAUUCUAUUGUAUUCAUUCUCAGUGGGAAUGCUGACUGGAUUCCUUCUUAGUGGAACGAUCGAGUGGAUGGAAGCCUUAACACUACUUAUAAUUUUUAUAAUGUAUUUAGUUUGGCUUUUGUUUCUCAACCGUGUGGCAGUAAACCGCUGUCGCAGGACGGAUCGCGAAUGUGCUUGCAAAUGCUUUCGAGUAGAAGCUACCGUUAUUGAGGACGAAGGGAAAAUAAGAGAAUAUGAAACUGACUCGCCGUUUAAUUUCUUUAAGUGGCCAACAGGCAAAUUAUAUGUAAAAUUUAACUGGAUCCUAACAUAUCCAUUUCAUUUGGCUUUCUUUUUCACUAUACCAAAUUGCAAAAGACGGCUCACACGUAGAUUGUCAUUGUUAUCGUUCAUUAUGUUCGUGAUAUGGAUUGUAACUUUAAUGUAUGUAAUCACUUGGACGGCUACCGUAAUCGGCUUUCAUUUAGAUAUACCGGAUGUUAUAAUGAAUAUGACUUUAUUAGCUGCUGCUGUAAGCGUACCAGAACUUUUAUUUUGUCGCACUGUUGUAAAAAAAGGUUUUGGUUCGAUGGCACUUUGCAGUGCGAUUGCCUCUAACACGAUAGACGUUACGGCAUUUGUAAUAGCUCUGUAA